AUGGUGGCAAAGAUCAUGCGCAAGCGACAAGACGAGAUGGCUCGGCGCUCGCAUCUGCUGAACCCACGGUAUGCUAAGACGCACGGUGCAGAUCUCAAGGCCGUCACCAGCCAGAUCAACGAGAAGCAGAUCGUGGCGGCUGCUGCUGCCGAGGCGGAGGCCGACGACGCGAAGCUCCAGCAGGCGCAGGAGCAGGUGCUGAACGCGAUCGAGGAGGCGAAGAGCAGGUACCGGCGGGACAAGCAGGUCGAGACCGUGCAGUACUCGCUGCAGAACCUGAGCAAGGAGUCGCGCCGAGAGUACGACCUCAGCGACCCAAACCGAUUGAAGAAUGCCCGGCUGCCAAAGGAUGGCAUCGGGUCCGACGGCCGUGAACUGGGCGCGGCUGCCAUGACGAAUUUCCAAGGCGAUCUGGAUGUCAAAGAGAUUCAGAAGAAGCAGCGCGCCAUGCAGAAGGAAUGGCUGGCGCAGCAGGUGCAGGAGAAGCAGAUGCGUGCGGAGGCAGAGCGCGAAGCCGAGAAGCAGGACGCGAAUGAGAUCCUCACCAGCACCAUGUUGCGCGAGACGAUCGAGGCCGUCGAGGCGCAGGAGGCGCAGCAAGACCGAAUGGAGCUGCUGGAGGCGAACAAGCAGCUGGCCGCCGAGAAGCAGGCGCGCAAGGAUGCGAAGAGGGAGAAGGAGGCGAUGAUCCACACGCGGAUUGUCGACAAGGGUGCGACGGAUGAGCGCUUGAACGAGGUGCACGAUUACAAGCUCAACACCAAGGGAAGAUUGAUACGGGACGAGUACAAGCGACUGACUUAUGAGCAAGAGCAGGCGAUUCACGACGCCAACGCCCAGAUUGUCCUCGAGAAGCAGGCCGCGAGGAAGAAGGAGCUGGCCGCCGCGCGCGAGAACGACGAGGAGGUCAUGGGCGCCUGCGCGCUCAUGGACCAGCUUCAGGGCCUGGCGCAGGAGCAGGCGAAGGAGCGGCGCCUGAGGAUGGUCGCGGAAAACCAGGCCAUCGCCAACAUGAAGAGCCAGAAGGACGCCGAGGAGAAGGCUGCGUACGCAAUCUGGGAGCCCAGCGGCACGGCGCCUCGACUGGGGCACGGCAAGUGA